UGCAAAUGUAAUUCAUAUAUCUUUUUCAGGUUUCAUGUAGCCGAGAGAGAGAUAUUCCUGUCAUAGAAGCUGGGUGCAUGGAUAACAUAUAUGAUGCUUUGGCCGAACACCUUGUUCCAACUGCAGCAGCAACAUCAAGCCCUAAUUUCAAGCAUAUUGUUGGUCUUGCUGGUCCUCCCGGUGCUGGAAAUAGCACUGUCGUAUCUGAAGUAGCUAAGAGAGUCAAUAAGUUAUGGCCCCAAAAGUCUCCUUCCUUUGAUUCUCAAGUUGAGCCUCUAGAAGUUGCCAUUGUUCUUCCAAUGGAUGGAUUCCACCUUUAUCGUCAUCAGCUUGAUGCAAUGGAGGAUCCAGAGAAAGCACAUGCGAGAAGGGGUGCUCCAUGGACGUUUGACCCCAAUUUACUACUAGAAUGCCUUAAGACUCUUAAAGAUCAGGGAUCAGUGUACUGUCCAUCUUUUGACCAUGGUGUAGGAGAUCCUAUAGAAGAUGAUAUCGUUGUGAACCUUCAACACAAAAUAGUGAUAGUUGAAGGUAAUUAUUUGCUACUUGGAGAUGGUGCUUGGAAGGAGGUAUCAUCCAUGUUUGAUGAGAAGUGGUAA